CUCUCUCUAAAAUAAAAAAGAGAUAAAACAGAGAGAAACAAACACAUCGAAGAAGAGAAAAAGCCUCCUACUUUUUUCUCCAGUGUUAUCUAAAUCUCUCUCUCUGCUACUCACAACAAAAAUUUCAACUUCCCGAUUUUGGCAUUGUCAAACUUUUAAAUUCCAUUUCUCUCCCUCCGUCUCUGUCUCCUCAUUCCUUCCUCUGUAGCAGUUGGGUGGAGAGAGAGAGAGAGAGAGAAACAAUAGAUCCCUAUUUCCCUUAUCCAAUUUCCGAUCCCCGGCCACUCUCCGGUGGCCCCAGUUAGGGUUCUCAGUAAAGUUCGAGUCUUUUCCGGGGGAGAAAUUCUGGGCAGGUCGUGGUUUUCGUCGAUUUCUGCUCUGUUCUGGGUUUUUUUUUGUUGAACAUUUUGUUUUGUUCAAUUUGGGGAUUAGGGUUUAUUGGGAAAUUGGGGGUUUGUUGAGGUGAAUUGAGGAAGUAGAUUAUGCGGGAGUGACAGUGUUGUAACGAUGAUUAUCAAGAAGAAUCUCAAAUCGCAAAUGCCGAGUUUGAAACGGUGCAAAUUGGGCGAUUCCGAGGAGGAAGACAGCUCCGCCGGCAAGAAGAAGAGGAGGACCGGCGGGUAUUACCCGCUCAAUUUGCUCGGCGAGGUCGCGGCGGGGAUUAUUCCGGUGAGCUUCCGCGGCUUGCUUGCGGAGAAGGGCGGGUUCUCGUGGUGCACGGAAGUGUCGUGCUCGCCGCCGGAGGCGGAGGAGGCGGUGGUGGUGGUGGUGGAGUCGAGAUCGAAUAAGGCGAGGAAAACGAAGGCGGCUGCGGCGGAGGAGUCGCGGCCGCCGCUGGUGAGGACUUCGAGGGGGCGCGUGCAGGUGCUGCCGUCGAGGUUUAAUGACUCGGUGAUCGAGAAUUGGAGGAAAGAGAGUAAAACUAGUGUGAGGGAGAGCAAUGUGGAAGAUGAGAGGGUGAGUUUGAGGCCGCAGAGAAAUGGGAAGAAGGUGAAGAGUAAUGCUGGAUAUGGCUCCAAGAAGUAUUCGGGUUAUUAUGAAGAAGAAGAAGAAGAAGAGGAGGAGGAGGUGGAGGAAGUAGAAGAAGAGGAAGAAGAGUGUGUGGCGUAUAAGAGUUAUAAGAAGUAUAACUCGGGCUCAAGGAGUACACUCACUUCAGUGCAUGAGCAUUUGGGGGUUGGAGAUGACAAGUGUGAGGUUGUGGAGAUUAUUGAUGAGGAAGAAGAAGAAGAUGAGUUAGAGGGUGCAGUGAGGAUGGAGCAGAGGAAGGAUGGGUUGUAUGGACCGGAAGAUUUUUAUUCCGGCGACUUAGUUUGGGCGAAGCCAGGGAAAAAGGAGCCGUUUUGGCCGGCCAUUGUUAUUGAUCCAAUGACACAAGCGCCGGAGUUGGUUUUGAGGGCUUGCAUACCUGAUGCAGCUUGUGUCAUGUUUUUCGGGUACUCUGGGAAUGAGAACCAAAGGGAUUAUGCCUGGGUCAAAAGGGGAUCGCUUUUUCCAUUUAUGGAUUAUAUAGACAGGUUCAAAGAGCAGUCUGAACUGGGCAACUGCAAGCCUUGUGAUUUCCAGAUGGCAACUGAGGAGGCAUUUUUGGUGGAACAGGGGUUUACAGAGAAGUUGUUAGCAGAUAUUAACAUGGCAGCUGGGAACCCAGUGUAUGAUGAAACUCUAUCCAGAGGAGUUCAAGAGGCUACUGGUUCCAAUCAUGAUCUUGACUAUCACUUUGUGGACCAGGACAUCUACCAGACGAAGAAAGACCCAAGAGCCUGUGAAAGCUGCGGCUCUAAACUCAAAAUUCCAAAGAAAAUGAAGAUUCCUUCUGGAGGCCAAAUCCUUUGUAAAACAUGUGCUAAGUUAACAAAAUCAAAACAUGUUUGUGGCAUAUGCAAGAAGUGGAAUCAGCCUGAAAGUGGAACUUGGGUCCGGUGUGAUGGUUGCAGAGUAUGGGUGCAUGCAGAAUGUGAUAGAAUUAACACAAAUUAUUUUAAGACAUGCACCGAUUAUUUCUGCCCUCCUUGCAAAGUAAAGUUUAACUUUGAAUUGUCAGAUUCUGAAAAGGAGCAACCUAAAGUCAAGUCUAAUAAAAAUGAGGCACAAUUGGUGCUGCCUAACAAGGUUACUGUCCUCUGUAACAGUGUGGAAGGCAUAUACUUUCCAAGUCUUCACUCUGUUGUGUGCAAGUGUGGGUACUGCGGGACAGAAAAGCAAGCGCUCAGUGAAUGGGAGCGACACACAGGUUCCAAGUCCAGAAACUGGAGGACGAGUGUCAGAGUUAAAGGCUCCUUACUGGCACUGGAACAAUGGAUGCUACAGUUAGCAGAGAUUCAUGAAAAUGCUCUCGUGUCUGUUAAACCACCUAAACGACCUUCUAUAAAAGAACGAAAGCAGAAGCUGCUUACGUUUUUGCAAGAAAAAUAUGAACCUGUUUAUGCAAAGUGGACAACAGAACGAUGUGCCGUAUGUAGAUGGGUUGAAGAUUGGGACUACAACAAAAUCAUUAUAUGCAACAGAUGUCAAAUAGCUGUUCAUCAAGAAUGCUAUGGAGCAAGACAUGUUCGGGACUUCACUUCGUGGGUGUGCAAAGCUUGUGAAAAACCAGAAGUCAAGAGAGAAUGUUGCCUAUGUCCUGUUAAAGGAGGUGCAUUAAAGCCAACUGAUAUCGAGACAUUGUGGGUUCAUAUUACAUGCGCUUGGUUCAGACCUGAAGUGUCAUUUGCAAGUGAUGAGAAAAUGGAGCCUGCUCUUGGGAUCUUGAGUAUUCCGUCAAAUUCUUUUGUCAAGAUUUGUGUUAUCUGUAAGCAAAUUCAUGGUUCAUGCACACAAUGUAGCAGGUGCUCUACUUAUUACCAUGCAAUGUGUGCAUCCAGGGCAGGGUACCGCAUGGAGUUGCAUUCUUUAGAGAAAAAUGGGAAACAGAUUACAAAAAUGGUUUCCUUUUGUGCUUAUCACAGGGCUCCAAAUCCAGAUACGGUCUUAAUAAUACAGACUCCUCUAGGAGUGUUUUCAGCCAAAAGCCUUCUCCAGAGCAAGAAGAAGCCUGGUUCGAGUCUAAUUUCAUCUAAUAGAACAAAGUUGGAGGAGAUUCCAAAUGUUGAAACCACUGAACCUGAGCCCGAGCCCAAGCCCGAGCCCGAGCCAUUAUCUUCUGCGAGGUGCCGAAUAUUUAAAAGAUCGAAAGAUAGUAGGAAGAGAACAGAAGAAGAAGCUGCUGCCCACCAAGUGAUGGGACAUUCCCAUCAUCCCUUGGAAGCAAUUCGUAGUUUGAACAAAUUCAGAGUAGUAGAGGAACCUCUCACAUUUUCAUCUUUUAGAGAACGGCUUUACCAUUUACAGAGAACCGAAAAUGAUCGUGUUUGCUUUGGUAGAUCUGGGAUACAUGGAUGGGGUCUCUUUGCGCGUAGAAACAUUCAAGAAGGAGAAAUGGUUCUUGAAUACCGUGGUGAACAGGUAAGGGGCAGUGUUGCAGAUUUGAGGGAGGCCCGCUAUAGAUCAGAAGGCAAAGACUGCUACCUCUUUAAGAUCUGCGAAGAAGUGGUAGUAGAUGCCACUGAUAAAGGAAAUAUAGCACGGCUUAUCAAUCAUUCGUGCAUGCCCAAUUGUUAUGCGAGGAUCAUGAGUGUUGGUGAUGAGGAAAGCCGGAUAGUACUUAUUGCAAAGACUAAUGUAUCUGCUGGUGACGAGCUAACGUAUGAUUACUUGUUUGAUCCAAAUGAGCCUGAUGAGUUCAAAGUUCCCUGUCUAUGUAAAGCUCCCAACUGCCGGAAAUUCAUGAAUUAGUAGGAAGGACAAUGAUGAUAUAUAUGCAGUUUUCUUGCACUUGCACAGCCAUUGUUUGCCCGCGAAGAACCAACACUAACCCAUUUCCCUGCCCUCCGGGAUGUCACAGUUCAUAUACCGAAUUUGUUUUUUUUUUUUAAGGAAAAGAAAAAAGAAAGAAAAGUUGUACUCUUCUGCUUUUGUUUAUAUAUUUUUGCGCGGACAAACUUCUAAGCUUAAUAAAAGCUAUAGUCUUGCCGGC